AUGGCCAGUCCCACUGUUCUCACCUUUGACGCCAAGGGCCGCCCGAUUAAGUUCGAUGUCUGGCUUGAUGACCUGCACCUGUACCUCCAGAUCACUGCCAAGGACGAUGUUUCCCUCUAUGACCACACUCACCUACCGUUAGAUGAGCGUGAGCAUUUCGGACAGCAUAAGACCGCCAAGGAGCUGUACGGCGCAGUAGUCGCGCGCUACUCCUCCCCUGCCACAGCUGCCAUAGGUCGUCUCUCACUGCCCUACCUCUUCCCAGACCUGUCCGCCUUUGCCACUGUACCUGACCUCAUCACCAACCUCCGUACCAUUGACCUCCGUUACCGUGCAGCACUCCCCCCCGAUUUCCUUGCCAAGAACCCCCCCCCCCCCCCCCCGAUGUACCUCACACUGUACCACCUUGUCACCCGCCUCCCUGACUCCCUUCGCACUGUCAGGGACCAGGGUGCUUCCCCUCCCCCCUUCUCCCCUCCAUUGCAUCUGCUGCUGCUGUCGACUUCCUCGGAACUGAGAGAGUCGGGGCCGCGUCUGCUCCUAGUGGGAGACGCAAGGGCGGCAGGGGCAAGUGGGGCAAGGGUGGUGGAGGUGGAGGCGGGGGCGGCGGCGGUGGAGGAGGUGGGGGGGGGCGGGGGUGGUGGCGGGAGUGGGAAAGGCACGGGUGGUGGGGGGGCCGGUGGCGGCACCGAGGGUGGUGGCGGCAGCGACGGUGGUGGGGGUGGUGGCGGUGGUGCUGGCGGUGGUGGCGGCGGUGGGGCGGGUGGCGGGCGCGGUGGAGCGGUGCAGCGUGGGGGGUUUGGCGGUGGCCAGAGGCAGCAGCAGCAGCGCCCCGGCGAGACUCCCUCACCCCAGCAACUCCGUGAGUGGUACUCUCAGCGUGGGGGGUCUGGGGGAGGGGGUACCUGCCCGUACGUCAUCCGCACAGGAGACCGCACUGGCCAGACUUGUGGGAGGUUUCACACGGCCCGACGCUGUUUCUUUCGCCUCGACGACGCCUGGCGCGAGCAGUUCCCUGACGAUUCUGAGCUGCCCCGCUGGGCUGAUCUGCUUAAGAAGGGGAUUGAUAUCUUUGCUGUUGAUUAUGAUGCUAUCCUUGCUGCUAUGUAUGCGUUGACUAUUAGUGCUGAGGGUGACUGUUACUUGAGUGUACCGCCCGACCCAGGUAUUGACACCGGUGAGGCUGCAGCUCUAGGUGCUUGUGCGUCCGCUGCUCCAGGUCCUGGUGAGGCUGCUGCCCUAGGUGCUAGUGCGUCUGCGUCUGCUGGUACUGCACCUACUGAGGCACUGCACACCUUCACACUAGACUCCGGUGCUUCCCGCUGUUUCUUUCGCGACCGCACUGCCCUCGAGCAGCUCCCUAGACCGGUUGCUGUCUCCCUGGCUGACCCCUCAGGGGGUCCGGUCCUUGCGACCUCCACCACUGCCCUCCCUUGUCCUGCUGUCCCGUCUGGCAGGCUGUCGGGCCUCUACCUCCCCUCAUUCUCUACGAACUUGGUGGCGGGUUCCGCGCUCCAGGACGCGGGUGUUCACCAGUUCACCCCUGCCUACGAGCGUGUGACACACUGCACGUGUGCCCGGACGAGUCGUCACCUGGCUACCUUCACUCGGCAGCCGGGGUCGGACUUGUGCACACUGACCACUCAGUCCCCUCGGGUAGCUGCGACUGCGUCUGCGUCUGGUCAGCUGUCGGCCCCCUGCUCGUGUCGCUCCCUAUCACACAGGACUGUCCUCUGGCACCACCGCCUUGGUCACCCGUCAGUGGAGCCCCUUCGCGGCAUGCACUCCAGGUACCUUGUCUCUGGUCUUCCCAGAGUUCUCCCUCCCCUGCCUUCCUCCCCUGCUCCUCCCUGUCUUCCCUGUAUCGAGGGGCGGCAGCGCGCCGCUCCUCACUCCUCCUCGUUCCCUCCCAUAGAGGGUCCUUUGCAGACUCUCCACCUAGACGUGUGGGGCCCCGCCCGCGUCCGGGGACAGGGCAACGAGCGGUACUUUCUGCUGGUCGUCGACGACUACACGCGCUACACCAUGGUCUUCCCCUUGCGUACCAAGGGUGAGGUCCCUGAUGUCUUGAUCCCCUGGAUCCGCGCUGCUCGUCUCCAGCUCUGCCAGCGGUUCCAGUCGGACUUUCCUGUCCUCCGUCUGCACUCUGACAGAGGUGGCGAGUUUUCCUCUGACCUCUUGGCGGCCUACUAUGUGGAGCACGGCAUCCGCCAGACGUUCACUCUCCCAACCUCUCCGUAG